AACAUUGUUGCGCAACGAUUAGGGGUAUUACGGCUGCUUCCAGGAGGUUCUGUUCUGUACGUGGCAGCAACAUACUUUCGCACCCUUUUGUCGGUUCAUUUCACCCUGGGGUAGAAAAGUAUUCACGUCGCACUCUGUGACAGCGUCUUUCAAAGGCGAAGGAUCGGGAUUCAAAAUGAGGUCAUUGCUGUGUCUUGUCUCCUACGUUCUGCUAUUCUGCUUCUGGAGAACGCAAGCAGAAAUCUUCACCUCCAUUGGCCAGAUGACGGACCUCUUGUACACAGAGAAAGAGCUUGUCCACUCCCUCCGUGAGUACAUAAAAGCAGAGGAGUCCAAACUGGCUGAGGUCAAAAGCUGGGCCAAGAAACUGGAUGACCUGACCAGAAUGUCGACAUCCGACCCAGAAGCCUAUCUGGCUCACCCGGUGAAUGCCUACAAGCUCAUGAAGAGACUCAACACCGAAUGGUCUCACCUGGAGAGCCUGGUUCUGCAGAACCCCUCCGAUGGGUUUAUUUCCAACAUGACCAUGCACAAACAGUAUUUUCCUGACGCGGAAGAUGAGAAGGGUGCAGCCAAGGCACUGAUGCGUCUUCAAGACACUUACCAGCUUGAUUCCGAGGACUUUUCCAAAGGAAGACUUCCAGGCAUGCACUCCAGCGCCCUUCUGAACGUGGACGAUUGUUUUGACAUGGGCAGGACGGCUUAUAACGAGGGCGACUAUUACCACGCCGUGCUGUGGGUGCAACAGGCCUUGAAACAGUUGGACGCCGGGGAAGACGCUGUGGUUUCCAAGUCAUCUAUUUUGGACUACCUCAGCUAUUCCGUUUACCAAAUGGGAGACCUGCCUCGUGCCGUCGAGCUCACGCGCAGGCUGGUGGCCAUAGAUCCUAGCCACCAGAGGGCAGGAGGAAACUUACGUUAUUUUGAGAAGCUGCUCCUCAAAGAGCAGAGUGAGCAGCAGAAGGAGGAGCAGAGCAGCCAGCCUACUUCAGAGGAGCCCAUUCAUCUGGGAACCUACGUCAGACCCUCAGACCACUUGCCAGAGAGAGAUGCCUACGAGGCUCUGUGCAGAGGGGAAAGAGACGGAAUGACGGAAGCGAGGCGCAGCCGUUUGUUCUGCCGCUACCAGGAUGGAAAGAAGAAUCCUCGCCUGCUACUGAAGCCCAUGAUGGAGGAGGACGAGUGGGACAGCCCACACAUUGUACGCUACUUGGAAGCGCUUUCCGACUAUGAAAUUGAGAAGAUUAAAGAGAUGGCCAAACCCAGGCUUGCCAGAGCUACAGUCCGAGACCCCAAAACAGGAGUGUUGACCACCGCCCACUACAGAGUAUCAAAAAGUGCCUGGUUAGAAGAAGAAGAUGGUCCGGUCAUUGCCAGAGUCAAUCAGAGAAUACAGGACAUCACAGGACUAACAGUAGACACAGCAGAGUUAUUACAGGUUGCUAACUACGGCGUUGGAGGACAGUACGAGCCACAUUUUGACUUCUCCAGGCGUCCUUUUGACAGCAACCUCAAGGUGGAUGGAAAUAGGCUUGCCACCUUCCUAAAUUACAAAGAUGAGCCAGAUGCCUUCAAAAGAUUAGGCACUGGAAAUCGGGUGGCAACUUUUUUGAACUAUAUGAGCGACGUUGAAGCAGGAGGUGCCACAGUCUUCCCUGACUUUGGGGCUGUUAUCCAGCCCAGAAAGGGGACAGCAGUAUUCUGGUAUAACCUUUUCAAAAGUGGGGAAGGAGACUACAGGACCAGACAUGCAGCCUGUCCUGUUUUAGUAGGAAGUAAAUGGGUGUCCAACAAAUGGAUUCAUGAGCGAGGGCAGGAAUUUCUGAGACCCUGUGGCCUAACAGAAGUGGAUUGAUCAUUGACCCCCCACGCCCCACCACCAUAUAUUCAGCAAACACACAUGUCACAAAGUUCUUAAACAUAACCAUGGUGCAUCUUUUUUUUCCCGCGUCAACUAAUGCUUUCAAUGAGGAUCUGUAAAGCUCCUGCAUUGGUAAUUCUUAGCCCAACUAUUGAAUUAUUUGAAUAGUGUUAAACUUGUGUGAACAAGUCUUAAGCACACCUUGCCAUCAGGACUGCCAGCCGACUAACACCUUAGGAACGGAUGACAAAUAAAAUCUUAUCCAUAAAAACGAAGCAUGAAUGCCAAUCGAGCAGACUUUUAUUGGAACAAUAACAACCUGACGGGAUUUUUUUUUUUAUUCCUGUACGAGUACUCGGGAAAGGUUAAAUGAAGGCAAGUGGACUUGAUGGAAUGUCCCAGGUUCUUGUGACUCUCGUCAACCAUGCCUGGAGAACACAAAUAGAGGGAAUCCACAUGAAAGUUUCAGAACUGAGGAAGAAUCUGCAAGAAACAAGAGCACCACUUGCCUCGAUUCAACCUUUCUCUGCUUUGUCCCAAGAGAUGCUUUAUUUAUACAGUGUUUAAAUUAUUACACCAGAUUCUGUACUUUUUCUACCAGACGGCCAUCAGGAAAAACAAUAAAUGGUCUUUUAUUUUCAAA